GUUUUCCGGUUAUCUGUGUGUUGCCAUGGAGAUGAGACCUCACACCAAGCGUGUGGUUACAAACUGCUGAAAAGCCGCUUAAAACAACAAAGAUAAGUUUUGGGACUUGCUUCUAAAUGCAACUUCAGUCGGUCCCCGUCGGUUCCGGCUCUACCGAACCGCUGUUAUGGCGCGAGAGGACGGUCCAGACCAUCCGGCGGGCGGAGCACCUGGUCCGGCAGACUCGAGCCGGGCUGUCAGCGACUGGCAGCCGAUCUAUGAGCGUCGGUUCCCCCCAGAGAUUUGUGGUAGAAGCGUCCGGUGAUAAGAUCCGGGCAGAGGAACGUGCAGAGAGUCGUGACUCGGUCUGGAGCAAGAAGUCCAGAGCCCGAACUGCAGCCGUGACGAGGAGAUCUCCUGCCACGUUCCCACCUCCUGACUUACGUGAGCAGUGCUCCGCAGCCAGCAGUGCCAUGGCCAGCCAGUACAUGCGGAAAGUGCGGGAGGUGGAGGCUCAGCUGCAGCGGCAGGCUGGCAGGGUGACAGAGGAAGUCACCAAGUUGCAAGUGGAGCGGGGCAACCUGGAGAGGGUGCUGCAGAGCCUCAGGACUGACCUGACCAUCAACAAGAGAAGUCGAGAGAGCAGGAGCAAAAGGCCUGCCCCCACCAAUAUGCAGGAGAAAGACAGCGCUGACAGCUUGUUGUUGUGGGAGAGGAAAGAACUGGCUGAGCUGAAACUGGAUCUGGAGGAAGUGCUGGGAAACACGAGGACCCAGCUGCAGGCUCUGGGUGAGAGCAGCAGGCAGCUGCUGGCCUGCGCCUCUGAGCGGGCACAAGUGUUGGAGCUGCUGCCCAGCAGCGGCUGUGCGGGGACUCACAGCACCACCGAUCACACCUUCAUGCAAACCCACCCCAACAACCCCUUUACGCCAAAGUGUAAACAGGUUUUGGAGUCUUCUUCUCUGGAGCUCCAGCAAUCGCAGCAGCUGAGGCAGAGAAUCAGGCAGAAGCUGAGCAGCGCCACCAGCAGGCAGAACGCGGCUCAUCUCUCUGUCAAUAAUGGCCUCCUGCAGAAGGUCGCGGAGGCCGGCAGUCUGCAGCAAAGCCUGACGCUGACCUGUGCAGCCACCAAGCAGGCCAUGUCACGCAAGCAGAGAGAGAUAAAGUCCAUCAGUUACAGCCGAGGAAGAGUGCAGGGUCCAGAGACAAAUAAGGACACACUGACCCGGGAGAAGCUCAACAGGCCUCUGGUGCAGGUUUAUCAGCGACAUGCACUGCGACUACCUGAAGCUGCUCGCCUGGCUCAAGGCAGCGCUGCGCUGACUCGAUGUUUGACGUCCUGUGAGGGGGAGCUGGCGGCGCUGCAGGGCGCGUGCCUGCAGCUGCUGGAUGACCUGCACUGCCAGAGAGCAGCAGCUCAGGUGGACAAGGCCAUCCUCCACAUGAGGCGUCAGCAGGCUGACAGACGAGCCAUGCCGCAUUUUCUCCAGCAGGGGGCGAGCUAAAUCCAAAGGCCUCACCUUUAAUGGAGCUACAAGAGAAUUAAGAUGUUUUACCUCUUUUAAGAACUAAUAUGUAUCCAUCUUGGUUGCAGUGUUUACUUUCUAUUAUUAAAUUCAAUUAUUAGUUUA